CCGGUGCGGUUCCGGUGCCGGAACACUCCCUGCCCGUAUACACGUAACUUCCGCCCCUCCGUCCUGGGCGCAGGCUCGUGGCCGCCUCAAUUCCGUUCCUUCAGCUACCACCGUCGCCGGGGUCCGAACCCCAAGUCCGGGGCCGGCCCCGCCCCUGGAGUACCCAGCUCUACUCCCCUGGAGUACCCAGCUCUACUCUCCUGGAGAGGAGGGAGGCAUGGCCCCCGGGCCCGAGGGCUCUGUGACCUUCCAGGACGUGGCAGUGACCUUCACCCCCGAGGAGUGGGGGCGCCUGGCCACUCCCCAGAAGGAGCUGUACCGGGAGGUGAUGCUGGAGAACUUUGGGCACUUGGCCUGCCUGGGCCUGGCCCUUUCCAAGCCAGAGGUGAUCUGCCAGCUGGAGAGAGGAGAAGCCCCUUGGAUGCCAGGGGGGGAUGUCCCCCAGAUGCCAAGUGCAGACUUGGAGGUAGCAUCUGAAACCAAGGAGCCAACUUCAAAGAUUGCCAUUUUGGUGGAGGAAUCGUCGUUGGAAACACUGACAAAGGAACUUCCCUAUGUCUUCAAGUUGGGAGAAACCUCAGAAUGUGACUCCCAGUUAAAGAGGUGGCAGAGAAAUGUGGAAAAACAUUCUAGAAUUCACACUGGAGAGAAACCCCGUAAAUGUACUGAAUGUGGGAAGCCCUUUCGCCAGCGCUCACAACUUAUUGAACAUAUGAGAAUUCAUACUGGAGAGAAACCUUAUGAAUGUAAGAUAUGUGGGAAGGCCUUUAGACGGACCACAGGACUUAUUCAACAUCAGACAACUCAUACUGGAGAGAGACCUUAUGAAUGUAGUGAAUGUGGGAAGGCUUUUACCCGAGUCACAGAUCUUACCCGACAUCAAAGAAUUCAUACUGGAGAAAAACCUUAUGAAUGUAAGGAAUGUGGAAAGGCCUUCACCCAGAUCAUAGACCUUACCCGACAUCAAAGAAUUCACACUGGGGAAAAACCUUAUGAAUGCUUUGAGUGUGGGAAGGCCUACCAUGGGAGCUCACAACUUACACGACAUCAGAGAAUUCAUACUGGAGAAAAACCUUAUGAAUGCAAUGAAUGUGGAAAGGCUUUUAGCCAGAAGUCACAACUUACUGUACAUCAGAGAAUUCAUACUGGAGAGAAACCUUAUGAGUGCAAAGAAUGUGGGAAAGCCUUCAGUCAGAGCUCACAACUUACUCUACAUCAGAGAAUUCAUACUGGGGAGAAACCUUAUGAAUGCAAAGAAUGUGGGAAGGCAUUCAGUCAGAGCUCACAACUUACUCUACAUCAGAGUGUUCAUACUGGAGUGAAGCCUUAUGAAUGUAAUGACUGUGGGAAGGCCUUCAGUUGUUUCACAAUACUUACUGAACACCAGAGAAUUCAUACUGGAGAGAGGCCUUAUAAAUGUAAUGAAUGUGGGAAAGCUUUCAGCCAGAGCUCACAACUUACUCUACAUCAUAGAAUUCAUACAGGAGAGAAACCUUAUGAAUGUAACGAAUGUGGGAAGGCCUUCAGUCGCUUCACAAUUCUUACUCAACAUCAGAGAAUCCAUACAGGAGAAAAGCCUUAUGAAUGUAAUGAAUGUGGGAAAUCCUUCAGCUGGAGUACAGGACUUAGUAGGCAUAAGGCAAUUCAUAAUGGAGACAAACCUUAUGAAUGUAAAGAAUGUGGGAAGGCCUUCCAUGAGAGCUCACAGCUUAUUCGACAUCAGAGAAUUCACACUGGAGAGAAACCCUAUGAAUGUUUUGAAUGUGGGAAGGCCUUUAGUCGCUUCACAAUUCUUACUCAACAUCAGAGAAUUCAUACUGGAGAGAAACCUUAUGAAUGUUUUGAAUGUGGGAAAUCUUUUAGCCGGAGCUCACAGCUUACUCUGCAUCAGAGGAUUCACACUGGAGAGAAACCUUAUGAAUGUUUUGACUGUGGGAAGGCUUUCAGCCAGAGUUCACAACUUACUCUACAUCAGAGAAUUCAUACUGGAGAGAAACCUUAUGAAUGUCAUGACUGUGGGAAGGCUUUCCGUGAUAGUUCACAACUUUCUCGACAUCAGAGAAUUCACAAUGGAAGGAAACCCUAUGAAUGUAAAGAAUGUGGGAAGGCCUUCUGCCAGAGAACAGAACUUACUACACAUCAGACAAGAAUUCAUACCGGGGAAAAACCUUUUGAAUGCAAAAAAUGUGGGAAAACCUUCCGCCAGAACUCACAGCUUAUUCGACAUCAGAGAAUUCACACUGGAGAGAAGCCUUAUAAAUACAAAUCUUAUGAAUGUAAUAAAUGUGAAAAGGUCUUCCACCAGAUACCAGACCUUAUUCACCAUCAAAAACUUCAUGUUGGAGAGAAACCUUUUGAGUGUUGUGAAUGUGGGAAGGCCUUCCGCCUGAGGAAGCAGCUUGUUCAGCACCACAUGACUCACGCUGAAGAGAAGCCAUACAAAUGUAACAAAUGUGAGAAGACCUUCGGCCGUAGUGCACAGCUGACUGUGCAUCAGAGACUUCACACAGGGGAGAGACCUUAUGCUUGCAGCGAAUGUGGGAAGGCCUUCAAUGAGAGCAAACAACUGAUUGUACAUCAGAGAAUACACAGUGGAGAGAAGCCUUAUGAGUGUAACAGAUGUGAAAAGGCUUUCCGUCUGAAGACACAGCUCACUAGACACCAGAGAAUUCACACAGGAGAAAAGCCUUAUGAAUGUAAAGAAUGUGGGAAGACUUUCCUGGAGAGCUCAGCACUUAUUCGACAUCAGAGAGUUCACACAGGAGCAAAACCUUAUGAAUGCAAAAAAUGUGGGAAGGCCUUUCGCCAGAGCUCACAUCUCACCCAGCAUCAGCGAAUUCAUACAGGAGAAAAACCUUAUGAAUGUAAUGAGUGUGGGAAGGCCUUCAGUUGUGGGAUGAACUUCCAACACCAUUCACAGCUUUCUAGGCACCAAAGAAUUCACACUGGAGAGAAGCCUUACGAGUGUAAAGAAUGUGGAAAGGCCUUCAGUCGGAACACACAGCUUUCUCGUCAUCAGAAAAUUCACACUGGAGAGAAACCUUAUGAAUGUAAUGAGUGUGGGAAGACCUUCCGUGAGAGCAAGCAGCUUUCUCGGCACCAAAGAAUUCAUACUGGAGAGAAACCAUAUGAAUGUAAUGAAUGUGGAAAGACCUUCAGUCGGAGCACAGGACUUACUGAGCAUCAGAGAAUUCAUACUGGAGAAAAACCUUAUGAAUGUCAUGAGUGUGGGAAGACCUUCCGUGAGAGCAAGCAACUUACUCGACAUCAGAGAAUUCACACUGAAGAGAAACCUUAUGAAUGUGAUCAAUGUGGGAAGGCCUUCCGCUGGAAAACAGAACUUACUUCCCAUCGCAGAAUUCAUACUGGAGAGAAGCCGUAUGAGUGUAAUGAAUGUGGGAAGGCCUUCCGCCUCAGUGCACACCUCAUUCAACAUCAGAGUAUCCACACUGGAGAGAAACCUUAUGAAUGCAACGAAUGUGGGAAGGCCUUUCGCUGGAUCACAGGACUGACUUCCCAUCACAGGAUUCACACUGGGGAGAAACCAUAUGAGUGUAGCAUAUGUGGGAAAGCCUUCCGCUGGAGAACAGUUCUUACUUCCCAUCACAGGAUCCACACAGGAGAAAAACCAUUCGAGUGUAAUGAGUGUGGGAAGGCUUUCCGCCUGAGCAAACAUCUUAUUCAACAUCAGAGAAUUCACGGUGAAGCCUUUUGAGUGGCAAUGCCUUGUAAAGUGAAUGAAUGUGAAGAUUUCAGUCAGGACACACGCUGAAAUUUAGAGAAUUCAAACUUAGGUAAAACCCUGUGGAUAAAGAAAUCCCCUGUGUAGUGUCCUACAGCAGCUGUUUUUCUUUUCAGGUUUUCAGACGCCUGCCAACCGCAUCAGGAGGUAACUUAGACAAAGACAGCUACUACUGUGUUCUCUGUGAAUCUGACAGGCACUUGCUUCCUCAAAAGCACUCCUCAGGCAUCUUCAGAAGCAUUAUCCUCACUCUUCACCUUCCCUUCUACCACAGAGGAAGUAUUCCCCCUCCUUGCUGAAGCCAAAUCACCUGCCCUUCUUCCUGGAGGACCUUACUUCGGCCGUUAGUAAGGUCCUCUCUCUCUCUCUCUCUCUGUGUCUCUGUCUCCCUCUUUCUGUCUCUGUGUCUCUGUCUCUCUCUGUGUCUCUGUGUCUCUGUCUCUCACUCUGUCUCUCUGUUUCUGCCUCUACCCACCUGCCUUCAGACUAGCCAAAACUAGAUCCUUUACCCCUGGUUUCUUUCUCAACCCCUUUGCUGAAGUUGCUGUAAAAGAGUCUUCAGUGAUCUUCUGAUCACUCAGUGCGUUGGGUGCUUUGGGAGGGUUGCUUAUCUUCCUCUCCUCCUCCCAUACAGUGAACCUUCUUAGUUUCUUCCCGGUUCUGUCUUUUUCAUGCACUCAAAGUUCGCUGUCCCCUGAGGUUCUCCCCUUGGUCCUCUUCUCUACUUGCUCCCUCUUUUAGGAAUCUCAUUCACUCCUUGGAGAAGGGACAAGGUGGCCUAAGCAGCUGGGGAACUCGAGGAUAGGACCCCUUUGUACUUUUAGAGACAGUUAUCAAGCUUAUGCCUAGGGACCAGUCAAGCCUUUAGUGAGCGUUUGAUAAGUGCCAGGGACUGUGUUCAGUGCUGGGGACACAGAAACACCCUCUCUCCUUCACCUUUCACAUCCAAUCAGCUACCGAGUCUCCCCAUCCCUGCCAGUGCCCCACAGUGGGUCCCCCUCCCUCAACUGGGUGAUACUGCUGAAUAGCAUCUCCUUUCUGGCCUGCCCUCCGUCUUUCCCCUCCAGUCUGCCUCACACUCUGCUGGUCUAAUCUUCCUCAAACAGCAGCCUAAAUUUGUGGCUACUGCUCACCCCUUUGUCCUUUGGCCUCGAAGAUCCUCCCAAACCUCAUUCCCGGCCUUACCUUAUGCCCUGACAUUCAGCAACACAAGGCCCUUCUUGUCCCCCAGAAGUCUCUUUCACCUGUCGUGGAUCCCAAGAUCCUGGAAUUCCCCUCCCCACAUCUCCACGUGGAUUUAGAAGCCCAUGAGACUCAAACAUCCUCAUCAGCCCCUCAGACCUCACUUUGACGGGUUAUGUCUGGGCUGCAUCCACAAGUCCUGUUUCCUCUGUCCUUGGUUUCUACCCCAGGAACUGGUCUUGGCUGUGUGCUGGGCACUGUGUUAAGCCCUUGGGAUACAAAGAAAGUCAGAGACAUGGCCCUUGCCCUCAAGAAGCUCACCAUCAGAACUCCACAAAGGCAUAAGGAUUGUUUCCUGUGUUGUCUGGAGACUGAGCAUCACGGCGUUUGUGGUAUGGAGAAGCCCAAGAGAAGGGACUCCCCAGUAGUCCUGCAUUGUUUCCUUGGACCUUUCUUCUCUGGAGUCCUGCUGAGGGUCAGGGGUGUAUGGGGUGUAUGGACGACUAGCACCACUGGUGUGCGGGCUUGCCAAGCCCCUUCCAGGGCCAUUCAUCCACCUUUGGUGGCCACCUCACCCGUGGUUCCAAGAAGCUGUAGCACGUGCAGUGUGGCCACACCCUGGCAGAACCAUCUCGGCAGAUGGCUAAACCAGGUUGAGGAUAACCGAUGGGCCUCAAACCGUUGGUGAGUUAGGGAGAUGUCUGCCCCGAGCACGUGAAGACUGCUCCCGCUGGCAGAACAGGCAGGUAUGAACAGUUUGUUCUCAUGGGCCCUGAAGGUGGCUGAAGCAGGCACCGUAGAGUGCUUAGAGCUUGGCCGAACAUCCCGGGCCAUCACCAGUCAUCCAGUU